AUGCCUGGUCAACUAUCAGAAUGGCCAAACUGGCCCGAGUUCUCCCUCGCCGACGCAGAGAAAGGCGACGACCUCGUCGACUACAAACGAGCGAUCAUCGACAAGUAUGGCGAAGAAGCAUUGACGCAAAGCUGGUUGAAGACGUGCAAAGAACUCGAGACUCUGACGCAAGAAAUCUCCAAGGCCGGCACGAGCUACAUUCCAGAGAUCGAUUAUGAGCACCUUCUGACAAUCUCCCCCGAGGAGAAGCAGAAGAUGAUGGAUGUUGGAUGUUUCAAGAUCAAAGGUGUUGUACCGAGGAAGCAGGCGGACGGGUGGUUCCACGAUUUGAAGGAGUAUGUUGCUCUGAAUCGGGCGGCUAUCAAAGGCUGGCCAAAUGAGACGCCAUUCAUCUUGAAUCUAUACUUCUCCCCUUCGCAGAUGGCAGCACGCUCUCACCCAAACGUUCUAAAGACAAGUCAAAUCCUCAACAGCUGGUGGCACAACGCCGAUGAAGCAGUCGGCACUCCCCUGUCCUACGCCGACGGAGUAAGAAUCAGACCACCGGGUGUUCCAUUCUACGGCCUAGGUCCACACAUCGACGCCGGAAGCAUGGCUCGCUGGGCUGAUCCUACAUAUCAAUCAGUCUACUCAAGCGUCUUCUCGGGCCACCCCGAGCAGCUCGACAACUACGAUCUCUCCAUUCGUCAAAAUGCAGACCAAGCAGCCUUCCCAGGGACCGCACACUCAACCGUCUUCCGCGCCUUCCAAGGCUGGACAGCCUUCUCGCCAGCCGCGCCGGGUGAAGGAAGCUUGAUGCUAUAUCCAAACGUAAAGUGGAGCAUAGCAUACAUCCUCCUUCGUCCAUUCUUCAAACAACCCACAGACCACAGCGACAUCCUCGACGCUUCCAAGUGGACCUUUGACGCUGACACGCCUUGGUUCCCAGGGACAUGGAAAGAUGAUAGCCAAUUCCUCAGCCCAUCUUCACACCCUCACCUGCGCUUGAAGGAAUGUAUGGUCUCGAUUCCUCCUAUGGAGCCUGGUGACACGAUCUGGUGGCAUGCAGAUAUGGCUCAUGCUGUAGAGGUAGAGCAUAAUGGGGUGCAUGAAGCUUCUGUGGCGUACAUCGCUGCGACGCCUUCGACUGAACAAAACAAGAAGUAUAUCAAGCAGCAGUUGGAGGGGUUUCUUGAGGGGGUGCCGCCGAAGGACUUCCAGCACAAUAACUGUACGAAUGAGAGGAAGUUAGAGGGGUUUGUGGGUGAGAAUGGGAUUUUGAAUGAAGAGGGCAGGAGGGCGAUGGGGUUUGGGCUUGCAUAA